CGGUACGGUUCAUUAGCGAGUUGAUCUCGGAGGUGUGAAGAUGCGCUGGUUUCCGCUCUCUGCGGUGUUAUUACUGGCCUGCUCGUUCUACCGAGCCGACGGCCACAACAACAACGGCAUCAGGAAAACCAAAAUGCAGUUUGCAGCCGGUCCGCUUCUUAAAUUUCAAAUCUGCAUCUCCUGAGGCUACAAGCGGGUGUUUGAGGAGUACACGCAGGCCUUGUCCCAGCGGUACCCAGACAUCCGCAUCGAAGGGGAGAACUAUCUCCCUCUGCCGAUUUACAGGCACAUCGCUUCCUUUCUAUCCAUCUUCAAACUCUUCCUGAUCGGGCUGAUUGUUGUAGGCAAGGACCCGUUCGCACUUUUCGGCAUGGAGCCUCCACGACUUUGGACUUGGAGUCAGGAGAAUAAGAUCUACGCCUGCAUGAUGGUGUUCUUCUUCAGCAACAUGCUCGAAAAUCAGUGCAUGUCAACUGGGGCGUUUGAAAUCACGCUUAACGACGUUCCUGUGUGGUCCAAGCUGGAGUCGGGUCACCUCCCGUCCAUGCAGCAGCUGGUGCAGAUCCUAGAGAACGAGAUGAAGAUGAACGUGCCCAUGGACAGACUUCCACAAUAUCACUCUUAACCCCGGAGCUACAGGUCCUUACAAAGUAUAACGGUGUGACUCUCCGGCGGUCGUGAGGUGACGUUUCAUGAAGGUCUGCGUUGAAAGUAGCCCCGCUACCUGCGCAGGCUGGAUGCCCCGCCCACUGCUCGCCGCCACGCCCUUCCAGAGAGGCUCCGCCCCAUAUACCAACCCACAAACCCUCCACGGCCAUUUAUCACUACUGAGUCCCACAUAGAGUGCAAUAGUAAAAAGUGAAACGGUUCACUUCAGGAUUAAUGCAUAAGCAGUAUGUUUUAAUAAAGUACUUCCCUUAUCGAUCUUAA